GUAUCAAAUUUGUAAAAUCAUUAAAAUGUCAGGAAGCACCAAGUGGUUGAGACCAGAUGAGUUGAUCAAAAUUCAAAGAAAAUGUCAAAAACUUCAGGAAAGAGCGGUAAACAAUACACGAGCUCAAAGUCAGAAUCUUCCAUCAGUCCCUUACUCUAAUAGAUUUGCUAAUGGCAAGCGAAAUAAUCCAUUCGCUAAAAAUUCAGAUCAAGACUCGAAAAAACUUAAACAGAAUGAAGAUCGUAAACUAACAAUUGAUUCAGAUGACACAUUAUUCGAGUUACUUCAUACUAUCGAAACAACACGAUCUGCUAAUCUUGUAGCUCCAAGUCACGAACUACCGAAUAGAAUUGUUAAUAAAAGUGAAAUCGCUGUUAUUGACGAUGAAGAUGAAGAUGACGAAAAAGAAGCAGAAGGUCCAAAAUACUUUAAAAAUCUUCCCAUUGAUUGGAGCAUUAAAAAUAGAGUGCGAAUAUUAAGUAAGACAAUAAUUGUAAACAACAAUUUAACAUCAAGUGAACAAGUAUCAGGAAUGACUGGAUUUGUGCGAUGCAUUGACAUGAAAUCAACGUCGUCAAGUAUAAACAUUUCUGAUGGGGCAAAAUUCAAUCAGAAUUUGAUGUUUUGGCAAUAUCCACAUUUACCAUGGCUUAAUCUGGUUCAAAGGAACGCCAGCUCUAAUAAUGCCUUUAAAAUGAACACACCUGAAUCUGAAUCUCUGUUAGUUCAAUGGAAAGAAAGUUUCAGAAAUCUUUCGCAACUUCUUCGUGCUCUUCAAUGUCCUUAUUUUUAUGUAUUGACAAAUCAAUUUAUGGUGUUAUUUCGUGCUGCCGGUAUUGGAGGAAGAGCUGAAAUGCAUGCACUCGUUACGCCAACAACUCGUGGAUUUCGUAAACUUUUGAAAGAAGAAGAAAUCGAAUUCACUCAGCCGUUAAAGAAAAUUUAUCGAGAAGGAUCGACACCAAAUACAAGUAUAGACAAUGAAAAUCUUAAUCCUGGAGUGGAAGAUGAAGAGGAAGAAGAUGAAAUGAAAUUUCUGGAAGAUUUAGGCGUUGAUACAUCAGACAUUAAAUUUAAGGAAGAUGUGAAAACAAGAAAUAAAGAAACAGAAGACGACAAUGGCGAACUCUCAACGAUUGUGAUUGAAGGUGUUGAAUGUCAAGCUUUCUUUGCUUUUCUUCUGACUACAAAAACUUUAAUAACUAACGUUGGUCGUCUGGCUGGCGUUCCACCAACUCUCAUUGCUCCAGUCGCAUUUUUAGGGUCUUCACUUCAAAAACAAACAACACGAGCGAGUAAAUUACGUUCGGAGAACGAAGAUUUCCACUCAAUUGAACUUCGUGGAGCUAUUUUACCACACACA